AGCGGCGUGUCGGCGGAGGAGGAGAGAGCUGGCAACUGGCAAGCAGUCACCGCGCCGUCUCCUUGCCCGGUCGUCUCGUCUCGGCCAAACAGAGGAGGGGGGAUGGGAUCCAGCCCAGCAGCCAACCCAACCGCUCGAUACCCUUCUUCGCUGCCUUGCUAGCUGCUGCUAUAUACCCUCCCCCUCUGCUCUGCUCGGGUCUCCUCUCCCAGAUCUCCGGCGCUGCACACCCGCAAGCCGAAGCGACCUGCGAGGGGACGCGACGAAUUCCAUCGGACAGACUCCGCUUGCCAUCAGGCGCUAUGGCGUUCGAUGCCUUCACCGACAAGAACGCCGUCUUCCGCCGCCUCAAGGCCAAGCCCGAGAACAAGAUGUGCUUCGACUGCAACGCCAAGAACCCCACCUGGGCCUCCGUCACCUACGGCAUCUUCCUCUGCCUUGACUGCUCCGCCGUCCACCGCAGCCUCGGCGUACACAUCACCUUCGUCAGGUCAACGAACCUAGAUUCAUGGACUCCAGAUCAGCUGAAGAUGAUGGCUUUUGGAGGCAACAAUCGGGCUCUUGCAUUCUUCAAACAACAUGGAUGGACUGAUGGUGGCAAAGUCGAUGCAAAGUAUACAUCAAGAGCUGCUGAAUUGUACAGGCAGAUACUUUCAAAGGAGGUUGCUAAGAGUUCCGCUGAUAACAACUUGCCGUCGUCACCUGUCGUAGCUUCUGAGCCAUCGAAUCCAUCCAAUGAUUUCCCUGAAUUCAAGCUCUCGGAUGCACCAGUAGAGAAUACAAAUGGGAAGCAGGAACCUAAUUCACCAAAAGCUCCUCCCCGUUCGCCAAAAGCCCCUACCCAUCCCACUUUUGUCAGUUCUGUAAAGAAGCCCAUUGGUGCAAAGAAGGUUGGAGGCAAGACUGGAGGGCUUGGUGUUCGAAAGCUUACUACAAAGCCAAAUGAAAGCCUAUAUGAUCAGAAACCCGAAGAGCCUAAACCUGCUGUGCCUUCCUUGACUACUUCAACUACAAAAAGUGGCCCAUCUUUGCAUUCACGUUUUGAGUACCUGGAGAAUGAGCCAUCAGCUGAUUCAAGAACUGAAGGAUCUCAUAUGACUGGCCAUGUAGCACCACCAAAAUCAUCAGACUUCUUUCAAGAGUAUGGGAUGGGUAAUGGGUUCCAAAAGAAAUCAAGCACAGCUACCUCAAAAACUCAGAUUCAGGAAACUGACGAAGCAAGGAAAAAAUUCUCGAAUGCAAAGGCGAUUUCAUCAUCUCAAUUUUUUGGUACUCAAAACAGAGAAGAGAAAGAGGCUCAGCUAUCCCUUCAAAAAUUUGCGGGUUCUUCAUCCAUUUCAAGCGCUGAUCUUUUCGGUCGUGAUGUGGACAAUUCUAAUGUGGACAUAAGUGCUGCAGAUCUCAUCAACAGAAUAUCUUUCCAGGCUUCCCAGGAUCUGUCUUCACUCAAGGACAUAGCUGGAGAGACUGGAAAGAAGUUGACAUCUUUGGCCUCCAAUUUCAUCAGCGACCUUGACAGAAUCCUUUGAGCGGGCCACUGGAGUCUGCACCGGAAUACUGCUUCAAGUUGUGACCGCGGUGCAUUGCCGAUCAUUCCAAGCAUUUCUUGCACAGUUCUGUAGAGGAUAAUAGAAGAUUCUUAUUACGCGUUUGUAUUUUGACCAUUGUUCCAAACCUGUCCACAUGAAGAUAUUUAAUUUGUUCCUUCACAACGGUGAAGCAUACGCUCAUAUACAUCCAUGUUACUUGUAUCUUGGUACAAAAGUCUUACUGUCCUGUGCCUGUGGUAAAUGAAACCAAUACGGAUGUUUUCACAGUGAUUUGGAAACUGUCACAAACUGUAUCAUUGUAUGACACAUGGGUCCUGGGGAGUUUUUUUUAUUUUAUUUUGGGUCGUUUCGUCA